AUGGGGAAGGAAGCCGAAGACGUAUUGGCGUCACUAAGCCUAACAGACGCCGACCUCACGGACUACGCAACAGUGAAAAGCAAGUUCGAGGGACACUUCAUACCGUGCACAAACGUCAUUUUCGAGAGGGCCAACUUCAAUCGCCGUAAGCAGGAAGCGAACGAGACGGUCCAAUCGUUUAUCACAGACCUGCACAACAUCGCCGAAACGUGUGAAUACGGUUCACUGAAAGACGACCUCAUUCGUGACUGGUUGGUUGUAGGACUUUUGGACCUCGGUCUAAAUGAAAAGCUGCAACUAGACUCGAAACUCACACUUCAGUCUGCAGUGAAAAUUGCACGGAACUCCGAAUUCGUCAAAAAGCAACAGAACGAGCUACGCGACGGAACGGAAGGCGGUGCUGCGGUCGAGGAGCUGCGACGGUCAAAAGAACGCCGCAACCAUGCAGGCGCGCAGCGGAAACCAGCCAAACCUCCAGCGGUGCACUUCGAGGAACGAAAUUUGUGCAAGCGGUGCGGCAGUACACAUCAGCAUUUCAAGAAGCAGUGUCCAGCCUUCGGAAAGCUGUGCAACAACUGUGGGAAAACUGGUCACUAUGCAACAGUAUGCUAG